UUCCAGCUCGGCCCCUCAGUCCGCAGAGCAGCUCGCGGGGGGAGUCCCUUCCUUUGGCUAGAAACCUAGGUGGGGAGCUCACGGAGGCCCGGGCCUCGGCGGCUCGGCCGCCGCUUCGUCCCCCGCCCGGGCGUAGGGCAGGGCUCAGAGGAGGAGGUGUGCUCGACGGGCGGCACCUCAGGCUGAGCGAGCUCUGGGCAGCCAAGGCUUCGAUGGCGCCAACACACACCCGUGCAGGUGCUGGGGUGCGCCCUCGGCCCGCGACCCCGCUGCAGAUGGGAUGCGAAGGCCAGGGGCGGCACCUCCGGGGCUCCGCUGUCCCCCUCCCGCCCCUACCCCGCCAGAGAACAAAGGCGGGAGGUGGGACCGGCAGGCUGCCAGACUCGGUGAGGAGGGAUGGGGCGGGGCGGGGCGGGCGACACCGCCUCCUUAAAGCCCGGCGGCUGGCGUGGUGCGCACCCCUCCCGCGCCCGCUCCUGCAAAGCACGGAACAUCCCCUCCGGCCCUGGUCUGCGCUCGGUAUCCGCGCGGGUACGGGUCUCCCGCACGCGGGCCCCGCAGCCGCGCCUGUUCCCAUCCGAGCAUGGGGCUGCCACGGAGAGCCGGGGACCCGGCGGAGCUGCGCAAGAGCCUGAAGCCGCUGCUGGAGAAGCGCCGCCGCGCGCGCAUCAACGCAAGCCUCAGGCAGCUCAAGGGGCUCAUCCUGCCCCUGCUGGGCAGGGAGGUGGGUGCCGGGGCGCUCGGGGGCCGGGGUGGGAGCUCCGGGGCGCAGCGCGAGGAGGACGGGUGGCUUGAGGGGCCCUCGCCCAAGGAGUCGGCGAGCAGGCUCCGAGUGGCGCAGGGGGCCGAGCCGGAGCGGGGCUGGCGCUGGAGAUCUGUCUCGUUUGUCCGUGUCUCUGCUCUCCCUCGUGGCCGGGCGCAGAGCUCCCGCUACUCGAAGCUGGAGAAGGCGGACAUCCUGGAAAUGACCGUGCGCUUCCUGCAGGAGCUGCCGGCGUCCUCCUGCACGGCCGCGGCGCCCACGACCCCGGACAGCUACGGCGAGGGCUACCGCGCCUGCCUGGCUCGUCUGGCCCGCCUGCUGCCUGCCUGGCGCGUGCUGGAGCCCGCCGUGAGCGCCCGCCUCCUGGAGCACCUGCGGCGGAGGGCGGCCGGCACCACCCCCGACGGCGGGCGCGCUGGGGUCUCCUGCGGCCCGCCCGCGCCUUCCCCGCCGCCCGCACCUGCGCCCGCGCCGCCCGCGCCUCCCCGCGGCCCCGGCCUCGGCCUCUGGAGGCCCUGGUAGCCCGCCAGCCCGUCCACGGACCCUGCUGACUGCAAGAGACCGGGAGCGCAGAGCAGACCCAGGAAACUCGCGGUGCCCGCUGCUGUUUCCGGCGCGGGCCACCAGCUCAGCACCCACCACCAGGCUGGACCCCGGCUGUUUGUGAUCUGUGCGGACGUCUGAAGGCCAUGCAGGCUCAGCUGGAGGAAAUAAGGAGGGCAGCGCAAACUGUGUGCCUGGGCUGGAGAAGGGGACAGGUGGGGAGGGAGAGCCCCCCUGCCCCCUCAGCUGCUGGAAGUGGCUGUACAACUAGG